UAAAUUUUAGUUUUUACGUCAUACACCAAAAAUUGAUAUUUUUUAUAAUGUUUUAUAAAAUGGAGAAAACUUGUAAAAAGAACGCUUUAAUGUUUUCCAUUAAAAAUACUUUAUUGUUACUUUUGUUGGUUAGUACAGUGAUGGGCUUUCAUAUAUGGAUUGUUUGCAAAGCGCUUUCUGUGCUGGGUGACGUCACAACUAUCAUAGUGGUGAACCACGGCAAACGUUCGCUCAAAUCUUGGCCAGACGAUUCCGUAUACAUAUUGAAUUGGGACAAACAUUUGGAUUUAAAAAAACACUUCUAUGGCUGUUGCACCGCACCAAAAUGUAUAUUAACCAAAGACAAAACGUAUUUCGGCAAAGAUUACAAAUAUUUCGACGCGAUGUUAUUCAGUGAAAAGUUUUUAGAAUCAACAAAUAGACCGAAUGCAAACAUGAAUAUGUUGAACAUAUUUAUUUCUUUACAACCAGAGAAUAAAAAAAUUGUCUGUGACAAUUAUUACGACAAUUUUUUCAAUUUAACUUUUACUUAUCGCCUGGACUCGGAUAUUGUAUGGAAAUAUUUUGUAGUAUUGGGCCUUAAUAGAGAAAUUAUAGCCCCAAGUUUAUCACCUGCUUGGAAUACAAGUUUAAACCCUGUCAACCAAGAGAUAAAGUCGAUUAUUCAACAAAAAACUAAACCCGUUGCUUACAUAGAUAGCAAUUGUAAACUAGAAAACUGGACAAGACCGUACUUAUCCAAAUUACAAAAACAUUUAGAUUCUUACUCUCUGAAAAUAUACAUGAACAUUUCGAAAAAAUGUAAGACAGAAGUAGAUAACAGGAUAUCAUUAAACGAAUAUAUGUUUUACAUUAUUUUUGAAGACUAUUUCGUUGAGGAUUACGUUACUAGGAAAAUAUUACAAGCGUAUGAUAAUAAUGCUGUGCCUAUUAUCUUUGGCGGAGCUAAUUAUACCAGAUUCCUACCACCAAAUUCCUACAUCGAUGGCCGUGUUACAAAUCCGAGUGAUAUCGCAAAAGCGAUCAAUGAGUCGUUGAACAACUAUACUAUAUACGAAGAAUAUUUUAAAUGGACAAACAUUUAUAGUAUUGUAAACUAUCAACCAUUCUGCGAUCUUUGUGAAGUGUUAAAUAAGCCAGUGAAUAAACCAGGGAAGGAAGAUUUUAGACAAUGGUGGAAUGGUCAGGAUAUGCACCAAUGUUUACUGCCUCGAUCUAAAAAUUAUACAUCAUAAUACUGAAGACCUAUAAUCUAUUUAUAGGAAAUAUUAAAAAUGAAUAUAUACAAAGAUGUGCAAGAAAAUAAAGGUAAAUUGUGGUGAUGAUUUAAUGUAACACAAUGUAAAAUGAUAAAUUUAUUUUUUCUACAUAAAAUCAUAUGGAAAUGUGAAUGUAAUGGAAAAUUAAA